AAUACAGAACUUAAUCACAAUGAACUCCUUCGCUGUUGUUGCCUUCCUUGCUACCCUUGCUGCCGCCCAUGCUGGACUAAUUGCACCAGCAGCGCAAAUCCUUCAAGGACCCAGCAGCAGGACUACCCUCGUAGGACCCGAAGGAAGCGUGAUUUCCUCUGUAGCUCCAGGUGGCCAAGUCAUCACUGGAUCAUUGCCAGGAGCAGUGGCUUACUCAGCUCCAGUUGUAGCUGCCGCACCAGUAGUAUCCACCUAUGCCGCCCCUGCAGUAUUAGCGUCUCCAGUUGUGUCUGCUUACUCCGCUCCUGUGGUAGCUGGUGGAUUAGUUGGCGAACAAACUGUCAUCGCAGGACCUUCUGGAACUAUCGCUACUGGCAAAACCUUAGCAGCUCCUGCUGUAGCUGCUUAUGCUGCUCCUUUGUGGUAG